AUGAAAAUCCAUCUUGACUUAGCUUGUGUCAAACUUGAAACACGGACGUUUAUUUGGAAGAUUGAACGCUUUAGUGAAGUUUUGAGGCAAGCGAAGGCCCAGGAAAAGCCAAGUAUGGAUAGUUCUCCAUUUUACACGGACAGAGCAGAGAGUUCUGGCUACAAGUUAAAAGUACGUAUCUUUCCGAAUGGUAAUGAAACUGGCGAGAAUACUCACUUAUCAGUGUUCAUCGUUGUCACGAAAGGUGAAUAUCACGGCAUGUUACCCUGGCCUUUCAAGAGGAAAGUGAGGUUUACAUUGAUUGAUCAACAAGGAGAUCUAGUCGAACGGCAAAACAUUACCCGGUAUUUCACGCCAAGGAAAUACCCAGAAUGCUGUGCAAGGCGUAAGAGUGAGGAUAGCAAUCAAGGGUUCGGUUUUGCGCAAUUUGUUUCUCACGAGGCACUUCAUUCAAGGCGCUAUAUUGUCGAUGACACUUUGUUUCUUCAGGUUGACGUCGGCCCAUCAUCCAGUUAA